ACUGAGCCAAGCCUAAAUUCAGAAUUGAGAAUCACACUGAUCAUAGUACAUGUCUGACAUGUAGGAAGUGUUCAGUGUUCAGACCAAUCCUACAUUGCUUUAUCCCCCAAUCAAAUAUCUACAUUGGAAAUAGAAACAAAGACCCAGAGUAGGUCACAGGUGUGGCAUGAUGCUAGGAGACUGUGUCUAACUGCAAGCACAGUGAAACAAGUCCCCAAACGACACACCACAGAGCCCCAAAGAUUUCUCAAUGAGCACGUGUACCCCACCUUCACUGGGAACGCAGCCACAAAAUAUGGCUCUGAAAAUGAAGUGAGGGUCAUCACACUCCUUUAGAGCAGAGGGCAUGAUGUGCACAACAGAGGCCUUGUGGUUCAUCCUGACCACCCCUGGUUGGCAGCCAGUCCAGAUGGGAUCCUUGAUGGGACAAAACUUCUCGAGAUCAAGUGCCCCUUCAAGAGUCAGAUGUCUCUUGAAGAACUUCUCACCCGGCCAAACGGUGACAUCAAAAUCUUGGAGGAUGGAAAGUACCUCAUUUGUCCAAAUGGAAGAGCUGGAUACUACCUUCAGGUAUCCCGGGUGUUUGGGGCUAUGAAGACCCAGAUCCCCCAACCCGGGACCAUCACCAGGGGGAUGCAGACUGUUACUUUAAUCCCGGGAGAUGGAAUUGGUCGAGAGAUAUCCACGGCUGUUAUGAAGAUUUUUGAUGCAGAUUGAUCGAGAAGAGGAACGAAAUUUCCGGUGGCUCUACAAGGCGCUCCAGAAAGUUCAGCACGCUGCGCUAUUUAAAACCAGCCAUCUUCGCCAGGAGACAGACAGAAACAGAGACGACGUAGGUUACAUAGGCAACAUCAGGA